UACAAAUACAAUUUUGUUAGACUGUUGGUUUUGUAUAAUGCUAUACACUGCAAUCCACACAUUGCUAGUUGUGCGCACCGUUACACCAGUCCGUGUUUUCCUACAUACCCUAUCUGCCCCAGCUGACUGGUAGUUGUUUACUGGUGAAUAGACAGAGAAGAAAAGGUGGGAACCUGAGAGGUGCUGUAUACGAUAACCGAAGUUUUUCCCCACAUAGCAGUUUAUUAUGCCAUUAAGUUUGUUUACCUCAUAUUCCUGAUUCUGACAGCGGUUAUUUACUUGAUUUAAUUGCCGGUUUUGAAGCUUCGUUAUUUAUAUUAGCUGUUUUGCCAGAUAAUCUGAAGAAGGGAGUUCGCACACUUUUUAGCAAUGUGCUGGAAACGCGGGGCUAUUUGUUUAGUGGCUAAACGUAACGUUCGCUGGAUCCAUUUUUUUUUGGGGUGGUGGGGGGUGUUUUCAUGUUGUCAUGGGCUGGCUGUAGCGACUGAAUCAGUUCAGAAGAAGGUCGUUAAAAUAUAUCCACGUUUUUCCUGCACGUAUCCAAAGUUCAUGGGAUGUGUUCACAUUUUUAUUCUCACGUUUUAAAACUAGGUGUUUUCCUGUGAUACGGCGAAGAAGUGCAAUACUUGGAAGUGCAUGAAACACUCAGCGACCUGUGGAUUACAGCAAGGUAGCCAACGUUAGCUAGCUUCUUGGGUCUAUAGAAGUUCGGCUACAUAACUGGAUUUUUGGAAAGAAGAGGACACCCAGAUUUCUAAAUUAUCAAACAUUCAUCUUAAAGAAUUUCUUUAUAAUACGAAAAUAUUGUCUCUGGGUGCCUCUCAACAGUGGAACCUCGUUUAUCGUGGAAUGAGGCCGUGGCUAGUUACUUACUAGUUUAGCUAACGUUAGCGGUGUGGGAUUUAUUUUCUCGAAUCGGAAUACUUAAAAAAAAAAAUCUAACAUAAUAAAGUGAACUAUCCCAUACAAUUAAAAAAAAAAAUCUAACAUAAUAAAGUGAACUAUCCCAUACAAUUGUGGGAAAUGACUAUUUUUAUUCGCAAAUGUGUCGCCAGAACACACGAUCACGCAAUUUAGUGGUACUUUUUUUCAGGGAGAACCGAAAUCACAAAGUAAACUGAAGAUAUUUCUGUUAAUUAAGCUACAACCACGUUGGACCCCUGGCCCCUUUUUAGGGGGGCUAACUGGACUAGCUAGCUUGAUUUAUCUACACCUUUUGAAAACUUUUUUUUUUGUUAUUGGAUUUCCUAAACGAACUUUGGAUAUCUUCAAAACACACAGAGAACACAAUCGAAGUCACAAUGCGGCUUGGGACCUCAGCGGUUGUUUUGGUUACUUUUAUCUACAUUGGAUGCCAGUGUGUCCUAACAAAUGGAGAAAUCUGUCAGAGUAAGGAUAUCCGUAACAACGUGACCAACCUGCAGUUGUUAGAGAACUGCACAGUAAUUGAGGGCCACUUGAAGAUCCUCCUCAUGUUCAAGGCCAAGCCUGAGGACUUCAGGGGCCUCAGCUACCCCAAGCUGACCGUUGUCACCGACUUCCUCCUCCUGUUUAGGGUCUACGGUCUAGAGUCCCUCGGCGGUCUGUUCCCCAACCUGACGGUGAUCCGAGGCAACAACCUGUUUUUCAACUACGCUCUGGUUCUGUUUGAGAUGGUGGACCUUAAGGAGCUGGGGCUCCAGAGCCUCAUGAACAUCACCCGGGGAGCCGUUAGGGUGGAGAAGAACCCGGACCUCUGCUACCUCUCCACCCUAGACUGGUCCAAGAUCCUGGACACAGUGGAGGACAAUUACAUUGUGGCCAAUAAGAAUGACCGGGAGUGUGGGGAUGUGUGUCCAGGCACGGCCUAUGGGAAGACCACCUGUCCUCAGACUACCAUCAAUGGACACUUUGGAGAGCGCUGCUGGACUCAGAACCACUGCCAGAGAAUGUGUCCCUCCACCUGUAAGCAUCGGGCCUGUACCCAGCAUGGCCACUGCUGCCACGACCAGUGCCUGGGAGGCUGCUUGGAGGCAGGCAACGCCAGCAGCUGUGUGGCCUGCCAGAACCUCCAGCACCAGGACACCUGUGUGGACCGCUGUCCCCAGGGAUACUACAUCUUCAAGGGCUGGCGCUGCGUUUCUCUCUCCUUCUGCCAGGACCUCCACAACCAGUGCAAGAAUGGAAAGAGCAGCGACUGCCAUGAGUACGUCAUCCACAACAAAGCCUGCAUCCCAGAGUGCCCCUCUGGGUACACCACCAUCAACUCUACCACGUUGAACUGUACCCCGUGUGCGGGGCUGUGUCCUAAGAUGUGUACAGGGCUGAAGACAGUGGACUCUGUGACAGCAGCCCAGGCUCUGAGAGGAUGCACCGUGCUCAACGGCAGCCUAAUCAUCAAGAUCCGUGGAGGGAACAACAUAGCAGCAGAGCUGGAGGCGAACCUGGGUCAGCUGGAGGAGAUAACAGGCUACCUGACCAUCAAGAGAGCCUAUGCUCUUGUCUCUCUCUCCUUCCUCCGCAAGCUACACAUCAUCCGAGGAGAGACCCUGACCCAAGAUGGGAACUACUCGUUCUACGCGCUUGACAACCAGAACCUGCGUCAGCUGUGGGACUGGAACAAACACAACCUGACCAUCCUUCAGGGGCGCAUGUUUUUCCUUCACAACUCCAAGCUGUGCAUGUCUGAGAUCCGCAAGAUGGAGGUGGUGACGGGCACCAAGGGGAGAGACAUCAAGAAUGAAAUCGCCGGCAGGACCAAUGGAGACCAGGCCUCCUGUGAGAACCAGGUCCUGAAGUUCACCACGGUGCGCACUCAGUCAGACAAGAUCCUCAUCAAGUGGGAACCCUUCUGGCCGCCUGACUUCAGAGACCUACUAGGCUUCAUGGUCCUGUACAAAGAGGCGCCCUAUAAGAAUGUGACAGAGUUUGAUGGCCAGGAUGCGUGCGGCUCUAACAGCUGGGUGAUAGCUGACGUAGACCCUCCACCCCGGGCCUCGGAGGGGAAGGAGCAGGGAGAGCCUGGCUACCUCAUCCAUACUAUGAAACCCUAUACCCAGUACGCCAUCAUGGUCAAGACCCAGCUCUCCGCCUCAGAUGAACACCAGGUCCUCGGGGCCAAGAGUGAGAUCAUCUACGUCCGCACCAAUGCCACCAAGCCGUCGGUGCCGCUGGACCCCAUCUCAUCAUCCAACUCGUCCUCUCAGAUCAUCCUGAAGUGGAAGCCCCCCACGGACGCCAAUGGCAACAUCACUCACUACCUGGUGUUCUGUCAGCAGCAGCCCGAGGACAGCGACCUCUACAAGUUUGACUACUGUCAAAAAGGAAUGAAGCUGCCGUCGCGGGCGCCUACCCAUCUGGACACUGACGAGGAGCAAAAGUGGAACCAGACAGACGAGUCUGGGCCAGGGAACCGCUGCUGUGCCUGCCCCAAAACAGACACCCAGCUCAAGAAGGAGGCUGAGGAGUCUGAGUACCGCAAGACCUUCGAAAACUACAUCCACAACGAAGUGUUUGAAGUCAGACCGUCUCGUCGGCGCCGCUCAGUGGGCGUGGCCAACGCCACCCUUCCGCACUUCCUGACCACUACCCCCACCCUGCCCAACGCGUCCACCACGCCCAGCCCAGGUGGCGAGGGGGUAGAGGGCUCUAAGGUGACGUUAGUGGUGUAUGCCAAGGAGUCGACGGUCAUCUCCAACCUGCGUCACUUUACCAGCUACCAGAUAGAGAUCCAUGCCUGCAACCACCCCACAGACCCCCAACGCUGCAGCAUGGCUACCUACGUCAGCGCCCGCACCAUGCCCGAAAAGAAAGCUGAUGACAUUGUGGGCCAGGUGACCCAUGAGAUGGUGUCGGAGCACCCAGAGUCUGUCCACAUCAAGUGGCUGGACCCCAGAGCCCCCAAUGGCAUGAUCAUCCUGUACGAAGUCAACUACAAGAGGUUGGGAGACCUUGAGGAGCAGCAUCACUGCGUGUCCAGGAAGGCCUACACCCAGAUUGGAGGCUGCAGGCUGAGAGUAGUGCAUCCUGGGAACUACACCGUGAGGAUACGUGCCACGUCGCUGGCAGGAAACGGCUCCUGGACCGAACCCACCUUCUUCUUCAUGCCCGACAAGGACACCACUUCACUGAAGAUUAUCAUUGGCUCAGUCAUCUGCUUCAUUCUGCUGCUAUUCGUAGGAGGUGGAGUCUUCAUGAUCUUCAAGAAGAAACAAACUGAGGGACCCACUGGACCUCUGAUCGCCUCGUCCAACCCAGAGUACCUGAGCGCCAAUGACGUGUACGUGCCUGAUGACUGGGAGGUGGCGAGGGAGAAGAUCAACAUCUUGAAGGAGCUGGGUCAGGGCUCAUUUGGCAUGGUCUACGAGGGCAUCGCCAAGGACAUUGUGAAGGGCGAGCCGGACACGCGUGUGGCGGUGAAGACGGUCAAUGAGUCGGCCAGUCUGAGAGAGAGGAUAGAGUUCCUCAACGAAGCGUCUGUCAUGAAGGCCUUUAGCUGCCACCACGUGGUGCGUCUGCUGGGGGUGGUGUCUAAAGGCCAGCCCACUCUGGUGGUGAUGGAGCUGAUGACCCACGGGGAUCUGAAGAGCUUCCUGCGGUGCCUCCGACCAGACUCUGAGAAUAACCCCACAGGGAAGCCCCCUCCCACACUGAAGGAGAUGAUUCAGAUGGCGGGGGAGAUAGCAGACGGCAUGGCCUACCUCAACGCCAAAAAGUUUGUCCACAGAGAUCUGGCCGCCAGGAACUGCAUGGUGGCUGAGGACAACACCGUCAAGAUCGGAGACUUUGGCAUGACCAGAGAUAUAUAUGAGACGGAUUACUACCGUAAGGGAGGGAAGGGUCUGCUUCCUGUCCGGUGGAUGGCUCCUGAAUCUCUGAAGGACGGAGUGUUCACCGCACAUUCAGACUGCUGGUCAUUUGGUGUGGUAUUGUGGGAGGUCAGCACCCUAGCAGAGCAGCCUUACCAGGGCCUGUCCAACGAACAGGUCCUCAAGUUCGUCAUGGACGGAGGAUACCUAGACAGACCAGAGAACUGCGUGGAGAGGAUCCACAACCUGAUGACGAUGUGCUGGCAGUACAACCCCAAGCUGCGUCCAACCUUCCAGGAGAUCAUUGAGAUGUUGAAGGAGGAUGUUCACCCCAGCUUCCAGGAGGUCUCCUUCUUCUACAGCGAGGAGAACAAGCUCCCUGAGACAGAGGAGUUUGACUUGGACCUGGAGAACAUGGAGAGCAUCCCACUGGACCCAUCGUCCUACUCCCAGAGAGAGGACAGCGACAGUCUAUCCAGAGACAAUGGAUCCAGCCAGAACCUAAGGGGCAACUAUGAGGAACACGUGCCCUACACACACAUGAACGGUGGCAAGAAAAACGGACGAAUCCUAUCAUUGCCCAGAUCCAGCCCUUCCUAACAUUUCUUAAGGUUUUCUUCCUCCUUUCAAACUAUUUAAAUUGUAUAACUCUUGCAGAAGCCCUUAAAAACACUGAUCUCAGGACAUGUAUUUUCUUCCUCACAGCUGCCAAGCAUGGUGGGACACAGGAUGCAAACAUUUUGGUAUAUGUUGAAAGACAUUUUUGCAUUUAUCCCGAAUCAUCUACUACAACUUUCUACUAUCUUUAUUUUUUUUCACUAUUGCCAUGUUUCCAGGACUGGUUGAUGGAAAAAGAAAAAAAACUGAGCACUUAUCUCUCUCUUUCUCGCUCUCUCCAGGCUGCCCCAUCUCUCUUCCAUUCUCUUGAAAAUCUUUUCAGAUAGUGGCCUUUUUAUUUGUGGCCUGUAAACAAAGAGAAGUGUCUAUCAAUACUUGUAUUAAUUUCCUCUGAACAAUGUCUAGACAGGUUUGAACCAUGGGAUGGCAUAAACUCUCUAGAAAAAAUGUCCAUUCGUAGAGAAACUUUUUAUUUAAAAAAAAAUUGUGCAGAAUUCCAAACUUUACGGAGAUUAUUUUGGUGUUUGGUGAAUAGUUCUAAUUUAUUAGCAUUUUUUGUCUCACUUUUUCAGUUUUAUUUCUGUGUCCUCACAUUAUGGCUGAAGGAUAUUUAAACAGUUAAAAGUUGGGCAAAAUAGUUCCUCAGACUGACCAAUAGCUGCUGCUUUCAUAUAUUUUUGUGGAUUUAGAAUAUAUAAUAUAUAUGGAAUAUUUGGUAUUUAUAUCAAUAUUUUAUAUAGAAUAUAUACAAUAUAGAUGUUUUUGUACAUAGUUCAUAUUUGUAAUGUUUUCAUCUGAGGCUUUUUUUUUUGUCUGUCUUUUUUUCUUUCUCUAACCCCAGAUAUCGCACUAAUCAGAGCCAGUGCUCUGUUGUCUUAGACCUCCACACGUGGUUUUACUUCUCUUUCAAACCAUCAGGAGAACCCUGUUCUCCUCAGCAACAAAGGGCAGCCCACUAUUUUAGGAAAAUCAUGGCAUCUUUCAAAUGUUGUUCUUCCUGUCAGUGGAAGAGUUUGGGUGGCCACUAUGCUAAAAUGACAAGAACCAAAAACUGUUAUGGGAAUGAAUGGUGCUGAUGGAGCCAUGGUGUAGAUGUCCAUGUUGUUAUCUACAAUUGUGUUAAAAUGUGUCUAUCUUUGGUUGAUCAUUAGCUAUCUGUUUGAUUGAUUGAUGUUAUCGGUGGGGCUAGAGAUGUGAUGUCUGCUUGCUUGGACAGACAGUUUGUCUUGGCCUGAUUUGUACUUGGCUUGUGCUGUCUUGGCUUGUGCUGUUGGUAGUGGUGUUUUAUAGGGUUAUAGUUGGGUCAUAGGAGACCCAUCUAGCUAUCUAUCUCCUCCACUGGAGUCAGAAGCCCAUAUAGUUGGAUGUAUUGCAGGACCACAUACCAUCAGGGCUUUGAGAGAGAAAUAAUGCAGUGCUUUAUUUGAGUGGCGAGCAUCAGCUCUACUCUAUCAUAACCCCCAUGUCCUCAUACAACUGGGUUUGUUUUGACCCUACGCCCCGUCCCCACAUAACGAUAGCCCAUUGGCUGUAUGUUCGCUGACACAGGAAGGAGGUCAGAAUCAGGCUGCUGGUGGAAUUUUCCAUGUUACUGUGGUUGAAUGCUUUUGAUUUGAACAUUUUGGAAAGUUCCUAUUGCAUGGAGUCCACAGCGGGCAGCAGCGAAGGAGAGGGAGGGAGCAGUUAGUUGAAGGUGUGUGUGUGUGUGUGUGUGUGUCGGUGUGUACUAACGGAGGGAGGUGGUGUACAGGUGUUGGUACGGUAUGAGUCAGGACACACUGUAGCUGUACAACAAGUGCUGCUUUACCCCCAGGGCUGGGCUAACAUUCUACUAUUGGCAGUGGAGACCGUGUUCGGACUUGCUGUGUGCCCGUUAUUCACAAACCCUUCUCCCUUCCACCCUAAAGAAAAAGAUAUUGAACUUAUCUCUCCCCCCCCGCCGUUGAUUUGGGUGUCUUUCAAACCCACACCCUCCCAUUUGGAUUGUGGUGUACCCCUCCCCACAAUUUGGAUUGUAACCCAUCACUCCAAUAUCUAAAGAUGGGUCAUGAAAGUGUAAACCUCUAUCCAUUUACAUUCAUAUUAUUAAGUUCCAUACAGACAUUUAAACAUUCCUGUCAGCUUCUUCCCAGCACAAGACAAAGCCCUUUUUUUUUUAAGUACACACACGCGCUUAUUCUAUGUUAAACAAAUCCCAAAUUGGUGUUAAAAGAUUGAUUGAAAAGUGUCUACAUGGCAUUCCCAUUGAGAAGCACAAAUAGCCCAAUCAUUAGUAGUUGACACACACGUCUCUAUUUGUCCCAUUAUCCCUCCCUCUAGCCAAAGGCAGUGAUACUCAUUGUCUAUUGUCAGAAGCAUUGAUAAGAGACAGAAAAGCACAGACAGGAGCUAAGGGUAAGUCAAUCUGACCUCGUCCACUCAGCAGUUUGAGCCUGUGUGGCUGUUUAGAGCUUUCAGUGUUAUUAACCCUAGCCCUCAGAGUAAUGGGCCUGAUGUUAUUACCCCUAACCUGCCCAUUCAUCUUCACCCAGUUAUCACUGUUUACCCCUCUGUCUCUGUAUGUCUGUCUGUAUCGGAGAUGGUGGAACCGCAUCAGCCUCCACCCAGUGCCUUCUCAACCAACCACAGACCAGAGAGAUGGAUGUACAUUGUACAGGCUGGUUACUGUUUGUUUGUUGGCACAUACUCAUGCUAAUGCGUGUAGCUACAUUGUGUGUGUGUGUGUGUGUGUGUGUGUGUGUGUGUGUGUGUGUGUGUGUGUGUGUGUGUGUGUGUGUGUGUGUGUGUGUGUGUGUGUGUGUGUAUUUAUACAUGUUAGACAGUGGGAGAGAAAUUUGACUCGUAGGUGGGAGCUAAAUCCAUACCGUAAAUCUCAAGUAGUACUUAGAGAUUAGGUAUUUAGAGAUGUUGGAAAAAGAUAUGAGUUGCUAAAUAGAUAUCAUUUAUCUGUUUCUAUGGGGAACAUCAGCUUGUGAGAGAGGUAUGUGGCUAGUUUUUGGUCAGUUGAUGUAAGGGUUGAAUGGCAAGUCCAUUUAGUGCUAUAGUGUUCAAAGUUUAAGCAAUGUUAAACCACCUUUCUGGUUCUCGCUGAUUCUUGAGAAUUUGAUCUACUCCACUUACUCGAAUGCCCCCCAAAAUGUAUUUUUUCCCCCCUCAAUCAGUUACACUCUCAUUUCUUUAUACUUUGUAAAUACUAAAGAAUAUAGUGUCUGGUAAAAAAAAAAGAGCGAAAAAGUGGGAAACCUCCCUUACAACUGUGCAUACAGUACAUGUCCAUAACCAGAGAUAAAUGGUGGAUAUCUAUCUCUUCAUAUGAACAUUGUCUCUUUAUGGCGGUAUAUACAAGUGUAUGCAAUUUUGAAUUCAGAAGAUCACCAUCAUCUUUGAAAAAUUACAGAUAUUUAAUAUUUUAUUUAUUUUAUUAUCAUUGUAUAAAAAACACUGUUUGCUUUUUGUCAAAGUUUUUUAAAUAUUGAAAGUCAGGUAAAAAAAAAUACUAGUUAAGAGUAGAGCUAUAAAUGUGAAAAGGAGUUGGUAGUUGUAGUUUCUAUGUAUUUGGCCACAGUCUACCUCAGUGGGUGUUUGGAGGAAUCAGUUUGAGACGACAGCAUCUUUCUUCGUCUAUCAGUCUGUUGGUAUCCCUGUAGUUCAAAUCAGAGGACAGGGACUCUGCCCGUCUGUGACCACAUCAUAAUACUAUCAGAAUAUAGGCAGAAUACUAUCAGAAUAUAGAAUCCCACAAAAUCCAACGCAGCCCCUUGAAAGAAAUAAAAAAGAUAAGACCCUUUGUGUUUCUCAAAAUGCGUACUAACAUGCUCCGAGCACGCAAAUUGGACCACGAGAGGGUCGGAUUAUGAGUCCAAAUCAAGGUAUACGUAAACUCCCCCACGGAGGUCCCUUCUCGAAUGCGUACUCCGUUUGUAAAUAUUUUUGAAGCAUGCAUCGAUGCACGCUUCAACGGAAAGUAUGCAAAGAAAUAUGACGCAACCACGUUAAAAAUGAUGUAACAUUUUUUUAAAUCAAUGGUCGGGCAUUAAGUUGAGCUGAAGCGAGAGAAAAUACUCAUCGACCUCGGAAUGAAAUGUUGCAUAUUCACAUGUCAUAUGUUGCCAGACUACAAUAUUUUUUUCUUGAUACCUUCAUAAAUACAUGCUAUUUACCUGCCUACUUACCAUAGAUCGCAAGCCCAUAAUAAGUCAAUAGGGCUAACUGGCUAGCUACUACUGUUAGCUAGCCAGAUAGCCAUGAAGAAUUGCUAGCUAACUACCCACGAAUAACUGACAUCUAUUUUUAUUUAACCUUUAUUUAACAUCUAACUUGCAUAAUAUUUGUUUUAGGUCAUUUUUGCCUGUUCAACUAUCUGUUUAGUUACAUUAUUAUGAUUCACAUUUAGCUAGCUGAUAGUUAUGAAGUAAAACGGUUGCUUUGUGUAUAUCUUGUUUCAUCUCUAAUGCCAUUGUCCUGGCUGGAAAACGGUUCAGUGAAUGGCUAAGUCAAUAGGGCUAACUGGAUAACUAGCUAGCCACAAAGAAUUGGUAGCUACCCACGAAAAAUGUACAUCUACCUUGCAUAACAUUAGUUUCAGGUCAUUUUUGCCUGUUUAACUAGCUGGCUAGCUAGAUUAUUACGAUUAACAUAUCUAGUUGAUAACUAUGAAGUAAAAUGUUGCUUUGUGUAUAUCUUGUUUCGUCUAUUGCUACCAUUGUCCUGGCUGAAAGACGUUUCAGUGAAUGGGGAGGUGAAGCGUAAGGUAAUAUACAGUUGAAGUCGGAAGUUUACAUACACUUAGGUUGGAGUCAUUAAAACUUGUUUUUCAACCACUCCACAAAUUUCUUGUUCACAAACUAUAGUAUGGCAAGUCGGUUAGGACAUCUACUUUGUGCAUGACACAAGUCAUUUUUCCAACAAUUGUUUACGGACUGAUUAUUUCAAUUAUAAUUCACAGUAUCCAAAUUCCAGUGGGUCAGAAGUUUACAUACACUAAGUUGACUGUGCCUUUAAACAGCUUGGAAAAUUCCAGUAAAUGAUGUCAUGGCUUUAAAAGCUUCUGAUAGGCUAAUUGACAUACUUUGAGUCAAUUGGAGGUGUACCUGUGCCGCUUUGCUUGAUCAUGGGAAAAUCAAAAGAAGUCGGGCAAGACUUCAGAAAAAAAUUGUAGACCUCCACAAGUCUGGUUCAUCCUUGGGAGCAAUUUCCAAACGCCUGAAGGUACCACAUUCAUCUGUACAAACAAUUGUACACACGUAUAAACACCAUGGUGCUCUAGGAAACAGGUACAAAAGUAUCUAUAUCCACAGUAAAUAAAAAAUAAAGCUGAAAUUAUUUUCUCCAUUAAUCUGACCUUUCAAAUUCUUAAAAUUAAGUGGUGAUCCUGACUGACCUAAAAUUGAAUUUUUACUGGGAUUAAAUGUCAGGAAUUGUGAAAAACUGAGUUUAAAUGUAUUUGGCUAAGGUGUAUGUAAACUUCUGACUUCAACUGUAGUAGGGGGGAUGGCGAAUGCUUCUCUACACUCUCGUCCUUACAAGAACGUACUCGAGAACGUCGUCGGAGAAUGCGAGUGUGGAGUACGGUAGAAUGCAUAUUGAGAAACACCCUGAUCAGAAUAAGAAGAAAGUAACACGUUUUGACCCAGUAAUUACCCUGAUUAAGAACUUUUUUCCCCAUAUUCAAACUCCACAUUAUCUUAACAACCGAGUAGGUUAACCCCCAGUGUAGUGUGAAGCACAACCCCAAUGCGCUUUUAAAUGUUGUAUUAGAAGACGUAUAUCAGUCAAGAAUGUGGUAAUAUGACGACAACCUUUUGACUGGUGAUUAAUUAUGAAAAAUGUGCUUUUUAGGUUCCCACUCCCAUUAUUUGAAUAGGAUUUCAGAUUCCCAAGCUUCAGGUUUCUUUUUGAAAAUAACAGAAUUUUUACACACCCUGUAACAACAGUUAAUGUAAUAGCUGUUCUUACAUACCCGCUAACUGAUAGUUGCUUGUGAGCGAACCAGACUGCUUUGCGUUUGUGCGUUCAUUGUUCUAGGGAAGACUUGAUUUGAGAUUUUUAUUUAAAUUCUGCAUCAAGACAGAGUACUCCAAAUCAUGAUUGCACAUCUCUUGAUCACAUAGCCAUAGUCUGCAAUAGCUCAGCCUUGGUCAUGCUUUUCACCAUUGACUCACCAUAGAUGAACUCCUCACUGUUGGUUUGUGUGGGUAUAUACACUACCGUUCAAAAGUUUGGGGUCACUUUUAAAUGUCCUUGUUUUUGAAAGAAAAACACGUUUUUUUUGUUCAUUAAAAUAACAUAACAUUGAUCCGAAAAACAGUGUAGACGUUAGUUGUAAAUGACUAUUGUAGCUGGAAAUGGACACUUUGUUUGAAAUGGAAUAUCUUCGGAGGCCCGUUAUCAUCAAUCAUCCCUCCUGUGUUCCAAUGGCACGUUGUGUUAGCUAAUCCAAGUUUAUCAUUAUAAAAGGCUAAUUGAUCAUUAGAAAACCCUUUUGCAAUUAUGUUAGCAUAUCUGAAAACUGUUGUUCUGUCUAAAGAAGCAAUACAACUGGCCUUCUUUAGACUAGUCGAGUAUCUGGAGCAUCAUUAUUUGUGUGUUCGAUUACAGGCUCAAAAUGGCCAGAAACAAAGACCUUUCUUCUGAAACUCAUCAGUCUAUUCUUGUUCUGAGAAAUGAAGGCUAUUCCAUGCUAUAAAUUGCCAAGAAACUGAAGAUCUCGUACAAUGCCGUGUACUACUUACUCCCUUCACAGAACAACGCAAACUGACUCUAACCAGAAUAGAAAGAGGAGUGGGAGCACCCUGAGCAAGAGGACAACUAGUCUAAAGAAGGCCAGUUUUAUUGCUUCUUUAAUCAGCACAACAGAUUUCAGCUGUGCUAACAUAAUUGCAAAAGGGUUUUAUAAUGAUCAAUUAGCCUUUUAAAAUGAUAAACUUGGAUUAGCUAAAACAGCGUGCCAUUGGAACACAGGAGUGUGUCUAGUGUGUGUAAAUAUAUCUCUCAGAGUCCCAGUUCUCAGUCAAAUACGGACAGCAUUUAGUCUCAAGGCCGUUUAAUGUAUCCUCCAGAAGUGUUUUUAUUUCUCUGUUCUGUUGUUUUCCCUUAAUGUUGUAUGUAUUUUUUUCUACUGUGAAUAUCAAGAAAUUUCCUUAUUGUUAUAUCAAUGCCAUGGAAUGGGUCUGUCUGGACACUGCAUGCCUCCGCUGGUCAAAGGACUAGAUUUUAACUUCUCAGGGAGGCACGUGUAUCGGGGGUUGGAUGAUGGAAGGAGCUUCCAACCUGUCUCUGACUGAAGUGCAAGUUCUCUUGGCAUCCUAGCAAAUCAUAUUUUGGGGGAGAUGUAGCUUCGAAGUUGUCAACAAACAACCACCCUCUUCAAAUCAAAUGUUCAGCCUUUAAAGAUAAUGAUCUGAUUGUAUGCCUGUUAUCAUUGUGAUAUGUGGUGUUCACUGCCCCCAGCUGGCUGGAUGGGGGAAGUGCAGCAUCAGGACUCGAGUGUGUAGCCAGGGCUCUGUCCCAUAGUGCCUUGCUCAGACAGACUGCCCUCCUCCUGACUACACAGCCAGCCAGACCCUCAGUGCCCUGGACUGGACUAGUCUGCUCUGGUCUGGACUGGACUGUCUCAUCUCACCCCCAACAUCCCAGCAGGAGAAUACUGGAGUAUUAACGUAUUAUGCAUUCUAAGACAGGAGAUAGUUGUGUUCUGUACUCGUAGCUGCAGUCAGAGGGACACAACACAUCCCCUUUGCUUGGCUGGAUGAUUCAUGAUAUAACUGUAUUGGGAUAGUUACUGUAUGUGAAUGAUAUUCAUGGUUUCACCAAAAUGUUGAACUUCUUGUCUCUACUGGGGCAAAGCUCUUGCUUGAAUUCGGCAUGAACCCAACCAUCCCCAGCUGAUUUAGUUUUUAAUUGAAUAGAAUUUUGUAUUUUGGCCAUCUCUUUGUUGAGGAUAGCCCAACACCCAAAGUACAUGGGAUCAUGUAUAAUUAGCAACCAUUGAUUGCAUGACAUGGGGAGAAUAGAACUCCCAUUUAAAGUAGUUGCAGAUGUCCGUGACAAAUUGUAUCACUUGAUUUAGGGAAGUUUAGGUUUAGUUUGAAACCCAAAUCAAAUGUUAUUUGUCACAUGUUUAGUAAACAGUAGGUGUAGACUAACAGUGAAAUGCUUACUUUGAUAACCUGAAAAUGCAGUUUGACUGAGCAUGCUAGUGCUGCAGCACAGGUUGAGAACAAAGCAUUGUAUGCAUUUUAUUGUUUUAAAAAGAAAGUAUUACAUUUAGAGAUGUUUAAUUUCUAUUCCUUUUUUGGGGGAAGGGCAAAAAAAGGAGCGCAAAUACAAUUACUUUUCUGUCUAAUCUUUUACUACUCUUGUAGAUUAUUGAAUUGAACAUUUAUCAAUGUAUAUAACUUUUUCUAAAUAAAAUACCAAAGUUAGAUGUUUUUUAGUCAUGACACUACCCCAGUAUGCAGAGCAGAUAAAAGUUUUGUACUGUAGAUGUACUAUGGAGCAGCACAAUGCUGGCUGGAUGGGCUACCUGUGUAUCAUAUGACAUGUGGCCUAAAACAUUCAUUUGAUCAUGUUCUAUUCCAUUGUAAAUGCAUGUUCCCGUGUUUGUGAACAACUCAUGCGUUUUUACCCCCGCCCACCCGUUAGCGUGUUUAUUUUUAUUUUUUGUCUCAAAAUAUCACACAUUGCUAUGUUAUGGGAAAGAAAAUGCGUUUCCUUCUGACCAACAGCCAACAGAAAAGUCAUCUAGAUUUAGUUGACAUUUGCUUUUCGAUGUGUAAAACUGGAAAAGACCACUGCACGUUCGUGGAGGAAAACACAACAUGAAAUCCUAAUAAAUAAAUAAGCUAUAAAGUGUAUCAAACUAUGGUGAUAUCCCAAUCUAAUGUGUAGGUGGUUCUUAACCAUUUAACAUGGCUAUGGGGCAAUAUGAAGAAAAACACCUUCGCUAUGUAUUAUGUACAAUGUCUGUUAGUAGUGUAAUGAAAUGUGUACGUGUCUGAGGCUAUAGUUGGUAUGGUUUAAAGAAAGAGACGCCACUUUUAAAACUGACUCGGCUCAUCUACAUAGGCAUCGAUUUAAGAAUUAUAUAUUAUAUUUGCCCUUGCUGAAAGUUUUUGUUAUUCAAUGUCACGUCAAAUUUAUUGAAGUGUAAUUGUUUGACAAAUGGAUGAGGGUCUGGUGGGGGGGUUCAGUAUAGUAGUGGUGGGUGGGGUUGUGAUGAUAUUGAGGGUUUAGGGGGUAAAGGGAUCCUAGUCAUGCUAUCUUGCCAGUGGUCUGCUUUGUUUUGGCAACUCGCUACAUGUUAAGGUCUCUAGCCCCUAGGUGGAGUUUUAGGUGUCUGUAUCGUCCUUGGUUAAAGUCUCGCCAUGGGUUGUGUUUGUUUAUCUGAUUGCUGCUCCUUCUUCUGUGCACAUAGAUGGCCACGAAAUGUUUUAUGUGUAGGCUGACAGGAUACCUCUUUAUGAACCUGUCAUGUUAUUUUUUUAGAAGAUUUACUGAUGUAUUCGACGUUGAUAAUGUAUAGCUACAUUAUGUCACAGAUGCAUAUACAGGUGACGUGUAUGUGUAUCACACCCAUGUACAACCACAAAGAUGGCUACAUCCCAACACUGGAUCAAAAUGUGCCAUUAUCUUUAUGUAUAUCACAUAUAUAAAUAUCAUAUUAAUGCUCUUGUCACUUCCACACACAAUUACACAUGUGCAAGAUCCAAAAUGUGCCAUGACUAAAUAAUGCCUGACAAUUUAUUUUUUCUAUGUUUUCAAGGAGAGCCAAGCAGUGACGUGUACAGAACAUUGUGGAAUGAUAUGAAAAUAAUGUCGUACUGUGUGUAAAUGAUUCUACAAUUAACUGUUUAUAUUAAAAUCAUUAAUAAAAUUGUUGGAUAAUGUUA